CCGUAUAAUUCUCGCAGAGACUUAUUACCUACCGCUGCCCACCUUGCAGGCCAUAAUCGCAUGUAAAUUCAUCAUGCCCAAGUCCAGCUCCCAGUCUUCUCUUUCGACCUUUGCCAGGCAGCCUUUCCUUCAGACAUUCACCUUCUUUUACGUGAUAUUUCAGAAUAUCCUCAAUUGGAUCUUUGCACCUGGUCCCCCACCGUCAGGCCCAAUUGCCAAUAAUCUUCCCAAAAAACGAGUGGCUAUAAUCGGGACCGGCUUGACUGGAGUAUCUUCAGCCGCACACUGCGUCGGUCAUGGCUUCGACGUGCAAUUAUUUGAGAAGAGAUCUAAGGAGAAAGGUCUAGGUGGUAUUUGGAGUCGAGUCAAUUCCACCUCGUCUCUUCAGAUCCACAGCAUUAUGUACCGAUUCCAUCCGUCAGUCCACUACGACGCUGCUUAUCCCACCCAGGAGGAAAUUCGCGACCAGAUUGUGGACCUCUGGAAGCGUUAUAAGCUCGAGGAUCGCACUGUCUUCGAGACUCCUGUCGAAUCUGUCAAGCAAACUAGGACCGGAAAAUGGAUUAUCAACAACGAUGAAGAAAAAUGGGGUUUGUUUGACGGUGUUGUUGCCUCUGUUGGUGUCUGCGGUGACCCCAAGAUGAUCUCCCUGCCGGAUCAGACGAACUUCAAGGGCUCAGUAUACCAUUCAUCAGAGCUAGACGGGAAGCAAGUCAAAGGCAAGAAGGUGCUCAUCAUUGGCGGUGGCGCAAGUGCGAUCGAGGCUCUGGAAUUCGCUGUGAAGUCUGGUGCCUCUGAGAUUGACGUUCUAUCACGUUCCGACAAAUGGAUUAUUCCGAGGAACGUUUGGGUCCAAUCCCUUCUGGCACUGAACAUUUUCGGGCAGGAGACAUUCCUAUCAUGGAUUCCCGAAAGUUUACUUCACAAAUUCUUCUACCGCGACCUGCAGGAUAUCGCCCCUUCCGGCGGUCUGUACACUCAGACCCCAAUGGCGAACAGCGAGCUAUUUGACCAAAUUCGUGAAGGGAAGGCGCGCUGGUUGCGUGGUGACAUCCUCUCUGUCAAGGAAGAAGGCAUCUUAUUCAACAAGCGUAGCAAGGGUGUUCCGCAAGGCGGUCCUGGCCGCGAAACCGUGAUUCCAGGCGAUGUGAUCAUCCAGGCAACUGGCUUCAAGCGUCCUUCGCUUGCUUUCCUUCCUGAAGAUGCGUUUGAGGAGCCAUACGGCCCGCCUAGUUGGUACCUUCAAGUUUUCCCUCCGUCGUACCCCAGCAUUUGCGCCAACAACAGUACAUAUGUCAACGCAAUCGGCACUGUUGGUAAUAUGCAUAUCGGCAUCUAUACUCGGUUUUUACUCAUGUUCCUUGUUGACCCCUUGUCGCGCCCUACCGAGGGCCGCAUGAAGACCUGGAUUGACUUCACCCGCUUUAUGAAACGCCUAUCUCCAGUUGGAGCAUUCGACUUCUUUACCUAUGCCGAGCUGAUCUAUUGGUUUGUCUUUGUCAUUCUUGUCAAUCCCUUUAGGUGGAAAUGGGCACCUUUUGUCUUGUUCGGCAUCGGGAGAGGUCUACCAGCGCAAGUUGUAAAGCAAGAGGAAGCUUUCCGCAAUGCCCUAAGGAAGCAGUACGCAACCUAA